CAACGAACUCAUUUAUACGAGGCCAAAAUACAAGAGAUAGGAGGUUUGAAACUUUCAAAUUUGAGUUACAAUCUAAUUUUCUCAAGACGCUAUAAAAGCAAGCAUAGUAGGCAAAAUACAAAACAGAGAAGAGACGAAGAAGACCAUAGCACAAGAAAGAGAAAGUGUCAUGAAGAACAAGAGAAAUCAAGUGUGCUACUGUCUUCUUCAACGAGCCAACAAGGAGAUAACAAGUGGAGCUCUCUUUGCUCAACUUUUUUUGCUUUAUUUGCAGUAUCUCUAUCUUUCUGUGAUAUCGUCAAGCGUCGGAAGUCUCAACGCCAUUCCACCAAAAGCCUCAUUUACGGUACCUCUCAGUAUUAACGAGAGUAAAGCUGAUCAGACCCUGCGAGGAGCCUCACGCUACAACAACCUUCUCCAACACGGCUCUAGUACCUAUUUCGUCUUUCUCAAGUGCUCAAACAAGGCCAUAAUGAUGUUCAAACAUCAAAUAUCAUUUAUCAUCACCAGGUUCACCACUAGAUUAGGAAAGCUCCCAGCGACCGACGACAUUGCUAAGAGAAUCGAUUAUCGCAUAUCUUUCGAACCCGACCAUGCACCAAUCACUCGUAGUGCAAAAAGGCUUAAAGCUGGAACAGAACAAAACAGGAAAGUUGUGAAGGUUGUCAAGACGCAGAUUGUUAAGACUCCCUCCAAAAAUGCAAUGAGAAACCAGAGGAAGAGGGUUGCCAAGGCUCAGAGAAAAAGAGAUGCUUAGACCAAUACGAUCGAGGCCAUUUUGGCAGAGAGCGCCCAUAUAACACCUCCUCUAGUGGAAGUUGUGAAGAUCCCCAAAGCUACCAUAGCAAACACGCAAGCCUAUUUCAUGGUUGGUGAUCUUCAAGGAUAUCUGCCCACGGCAAGUGUGAUGUAGUGACCUUUACUGAUGGUGACGAUGAAGAUGAAGUUUCAGUGACUCCAACAUAUACUUCACAACAAGUCAUCAUGGAGUCAAAACAAAUAGCUGAGGAAGUAGUCAAGGCCCUCAAUGCACCACAUCAAAACGUGUGGGAAGGAAAAAGGGAACAAAGAAUAGGCAAAACCCCAUUUUUGAGAUGACUCGUAUCCUGGACUAAUCACUUGCGA